GUAUUUCCGAAACGUUCAACAACAACUCUGGUGUCUCCAUCUAUCCGCUUUCAGUGUAACUAAGAAUCGACGCUUGCGUGACGCCCUGCCAAGAACGCGCCCGCCCAGAUGGACGCCAGUAGUCUUGCAACUAUGGAUAAGGAUGCUUUAAAGAAACAGAUAGAGAACAUGAAGUAUCAGGCCGCCAUGGAGCGUUGGCCGCUCUCCAAAUCUAUUGCAGCAAUGCGGGAAUACGUCGAGGAAAACGAAAAGAACGACCCACUCAUUCAUGCCCCGGACAAAAAGAAUAACCCGUGGGCCGAGAAGGGUAAAUGCGCCAUCAUGUAGAAUCAGCAGAUGAUUCUCGGCUUCCUUAUUAUUAUUUUUCCAUUUGUCGUCAUGAUUUUGCCGAACAUCAACAGUUUAUUGCCUAGCAGUGUAGCAGCAGCCCACUAUUACAACGGGCCUUUCAACAUUUUCUUCGGAUAACCAUAUAUAUUCCAGUAAUCGAGUAGAGGAAAUAUUGCAAUUGUUAUGUAGUUUAAAUAUACUCAUGUUUUGUGUGCAUCUUUGUCAUAUAUUAAUCGAUAUUAUAUCGCACUUUUUGCAUGAUGGAGUUUAAUGGGUUAAAACAGUAGAAUACUGGGAUUUUCAACUUUGAUGGCUCUGUUCGAGUUCGAGAAGUUUUGACUCCGCGCUUUCUUCGGUAUAGUGGGUUGCGAAUAAAUUACGUCUAAAUUCACGGAAGCAAUCGAUCACCUCUCCUUUGUCUCCAAUAUAUGGACGAAUUGAGAAACGAUCUGCAGAAAUUUGAAAGGGGGCAAAAGAAUUUGUCAAAGUGUAACUGAGUAGUAGUACUAGCUUUGCUUGACUAAGUGUAAAAUAAUAAUGUGACCCAAACGAACUGAUAUUUCUAAUUGUUUUAUUUACAUUGAUUCAUAUUCGCUUUGCUUGUGCUCAUAGAUGUGUAAACUUCAUGUAAUGCUUUGACGUAUGUUGAUCCUUAUCGAAUUUUCCUGAUCAUUUAGGCAAUCGUCCGUAUAGAACAUUCGUGAUUUUGGCCACCCAUUAUCUCUUGUAUUGAAAUCAAUCAGUCACUAUAAAGGCAGCUCUUCGAUAAUCAUCUCCCACUGUUGGAUUUGAACACAAGAGGUUUCUCGUUUCCCAAAAUUUUCUCGAGGUUUUCAAACAUGCUUCGAACGAGUCAUCAAAUUUGAUAAUACUUCUUGAGUAGCUUUAUUAAAAUUAAUGUUGAUUCUUAGAUGUAGAUAUAUACAUUGAUAUUCAACUUGAUAUUCGUAUAAUAUUACGGAAAAUUAUAUAUUCAGGGUGUAAUUCCGUUUUGUGGGUCGGGAAUCUCAUGUCAGUGAAAAUUCUGCCGAUUUUCGGGAAUUGUAUCAAAUUAAAGGCUAUGAUAAUUAUCCAAGAACAUCUGGAGUUGAUAUUGCUUUUGAAAAUCACCAGCAGAAUUGCGCAAGAGAUAACUAUUUGAGUUUCUGGAAAAGAGAUUUGCAGGAACCAAAUGUGGUAUUGGAAACGCCCUGUUGUUAACUAUAGUGACUAUAAUUAUUCCAAGUAUUUGCUAGAAUUAUAUCUAUAAUAACGUAUUUGUUGCUAAUAUAAUAAUUCUUUAACGAUGUUUUAUCUACCGUUUAUAUUUAAGAGUACGUAAUAGCCAUUAGGCCAGUUGAAAUUCUGCUUAAAAUAAGCUUGAUGACAAGGAAACAAAUACAAAAACCAGUGGGUUGUGCCACCAUAAAACACAAUUUCAGCUGGUGGUAUAUGACUUCAUUGAUCAACUUCUAAAAUCGAUCUUCUCUUAAAUUUACUCAUGCUGCGAAUUACCGUCAUCCUUGUCCCAAAAACAAGUACACUUCACCUCUUCUAUUUGUUUUUGGGAUAACACAAGGUUUUAUUGAACUUUUUGGAAAGAAAAAAAUUUCAAGAAUUUUUGAAUAGCAGUAUUUAAAAAAAUUGAGGAGGUCUCUUUGGUUGUUGAGCAAUGUGUAUAUUUAAUCGAUUAGGAAAAAUAUAUAUAUGUACCCACUUCUAAAAGUAUAUAAGAAUAGUUCAUAAUACUUUAUUAGGUUUUUAUAUUCAGAUACUCUAAAUGACAGUACUUCAUUAAGGAAAAAUCCAUGUUUGAAUUUUGAUACAAACUUUUCUUGAUAAAAACUCCCAGAGGAAAUACGAUCUUCCCAUAGUGACGAAAGUACGGCAAACUUUUUGGAUAUUACAUUGGUAGUCAGAAAAUAACAUCUGAAAAUCCGAAUUCCCAAUGACGCUCAAUGUGAUUUUCAAAAUUUUCCCCAACUUACCAAGAAGUAUAGUAUAAAUUUUGCGCUUUCAAAAUGUGCUUAGACAAAAACGUUCGAACGUUUUAGUUUAAUCACUGCUUCAAAACUACUGAAUUAUAUAACAAAGAAUAUUCAGCAUUAAACUCACAGACAUCUGUAUAUUUAUGUAUAUUUAGAAGGCUGUCGAGAGACAGACCAACAAAGUUGAGAAAGGCGCUUCUACAGCCUGUCCCAACUGAGUUGUAUUUAGGUUGUUUCGUGCUUGAAUCAUCCAGUACAUUAAUAGGAAUUUUGAGCUUGUUGCUAUAGGAAUAUGUGUACUUAGUGUUAAAUUAUGUGUAAGUUGAACAUAACAAUAUUCAUAGAUAAGAUUCUGAACUCGAUACUGCGUCUGACAGUAGAAAAAAUUUCCGUUAAAUAGUUGAACUAGGCAAUACGACAAUAUUAAAAUAUGAAGAUGUUGAAUUCUUUUUUACCCGAUUCUGACGAUAUUUUUGUGGGGAUGCUUGUUUCAAUAUUCAAACAUGGAUCAUCACUAUUGCAGCAGUUACUUAAAACUGAUUAUUCAGAUUUGGAUAUUCAAAAAUAAUAUGUAAUCCUUCUGAUAUAAUGAAAUUAUAUUGUACUUUCUUGGGA